AUGCUCAAAGACCUGUUCCACAGAAUCAAAUACAGACUGCUCCAGGACGCGCCGGUGGGCUCGUCGUUGGCGAAGCUGGAAACGUCGUGGGACCCACGAAUAUCGUGGGAAAAGCUGAGACGCAAACGGUGGACGUGGAGCGACUGGCCCUACGUGCUCAUGGUGCUGUCGCUGACCAUCUGCCUGUCGAUCCUGCAGACGGUGCCAGCAUUCGUGCGUGUCAUCGUGGCGUUUGUGCUCUUCGCGCUGGUGUCCAUCCCCAUCACAUCGCAGUUCUUCCUGCCUGGAAUGCCCAUCAUCACAUGGCUGGUGCUGUUUGCCUCCCCAACAUCGCUGCCGCUCAGCCUGCGGCCCAAAAUCUACGUGCGUCUGCUGCCCGCGCUGGAAACCAUCCUCUACGGCGGCAACCUGUCCUACUCUCUGGCCCAAAUGACCCAUCCAGUGCUGGACAUUCUGGCCUGGCUUCCUUACGGCGUUCUGCAUUUCGCCCUGCCCUUCAUCCUCGCCGCAUCUUUGUUUGUGUUUGGUCCCCCCGGCACCCUGCCCCAGUUUGGCUUCUGCUUCGGGUGGAUGAACUACUUUGGCGUCAUCAUGGAGCUCAUGUUCCCCAACGCGCCCCCGUGGUACAAGAACAUCUACGGCCUGCAGCCCGCCAACUACACGAUUCACGGCUCGGCCGGCGGACUGGAGCGAAUCGACAAGAUUCUCGGCUUCCAGCUGUACGGCGGCACGUUUGGAGCGUCCGGAAUGGUGUUUGGCGCCUUCCCAUCCAUGCAUUCGGGCUCGGCGUGCAUGCUAGCGCUGUUUGCUAGCCAUCUGUGUCCCCGGUUCACGCCCCUCUUUUUCUCCUACGUGCUGUGGAUCUGGUGGAGCACAAUGUACCUGACUCACCACUACUUCAUCGAUCUGACUGGAGGAGCCUGUUUCGCAUACAUUACCUUUUUCCUCAUCCGGCGGUCGGUGCUGCCGCGAAUCCAGCGAGACAAGAUCUCGCGGUGGUCCUAUGACUACGUGGAGCGAGGUAUCCAGACCCAGUCGAAGUUCCGAAAGUCCAUGGAGUACGAUCGGGAGUACAUUGAGAUGGCAGACGAGUUUGGCGCCCAGGGCCCCGAGCACCGACUGGAGGACGAGUCGGAUGAUGCUGACGACGGCAUUCUGCCCGCCAGCGACGCAGACAUUGAAAGCAUUGAGAGCGGAGUCCCCAGUACACCCAUUCUGGAGACUCCGUCUUCGCGCAUGGGGUCUCCCAUGAUUUCGCGGAUAGGCUCGCCUGCCCCCAACAAGCAGGCGUAA